GGCUGUCUUUAGGACGUAGGUAUAUAUAAGAGAUGCGAGGCGACCAGAUUUCACAGUGGAAGCAGCUCCGCAUGCCUUUCGUUUGCUACGACUUUGGUUUGAGUAUUUUGCGCCGUUGAGCAUGGCGGAAUCUCACGACAUUGAGUAUGGGGGUAGCGGAAGAGAGGGGCAUGUUUCUGUCGGAAGUGAGGGUUACUUUAGGGACUAUACUCCCGGUGAGACGGCCGUAAGCCUAGGCGAAGACGGACAAAUAGUUUCCUCUCCUCCUAUCCCCGGAUUCACGGAACCGUCACCUCACUUGCAACCCCGGAGCCUCGGCGGAGACGCAGAAUCUUCUUCCACCAUCCUGCCAGCACCCAGCCACCACCAACCUCUCGCCCCAAAACUACGGCCUACGCUUUCAAGUGACAGACCACUAUCACCACCACCACCACCACCGCCUCUAACUCGAUACCUCCGGGACGUACAAACGCACGAACUCAUUGCCCUCGGGAUCAGAGUCGACGACAUACAAUACCUCGAUCCAGGAACCCCCCCGCAACCGCCAACGUACCCGCACGUGCACGGGGCAGCGCGGAACCGCGUGGCGACGUCGUCCAUGUCGUCGGUUUGUCUAAACGUCAGCGAGAAGCAAGGUUCCCAGAAAUCGACGGCGGCGGAGGGGGCAGAGAGCUCGCCCGCGGGCGAACUGCCGGAUGUUAUCAAGUCUUCGGGGUCGGAGCAGGAUGAGGAUGGCACGACUUCGGAUGAACACUUGGAGAAUUUGCAUAGGGCUAUGAAGUUGAAGCGACGAGUCCAGUCCGAGACGAAUCCGCGGGAGGUGCGGCCGCUGAAGAUGCGGAAGCGUAAGGGGGAUAGUGCUGGUACCUAGGAAGGAAGGGCUGAG